AAUAACAAGUAAUAACAAUAAAUAAUAAUAUUUUAACUUUUUAACUCAUUUUAUUUUAUUUGUAUAAAUAAAAAGUGAUUAUUAUUUUAAGUAUAUGUUAAAUCAAGUUAUUUAUGCUACUCUAAUAUUACUUAUUAGCAAAUUUACUCUACUAAAAAUAGGUGAUAAACACAGAACUUAAAAAUGACAGAUGCUAAACCAUUUAAAGAAGAUGAAGGUUCCAAAACUGGAAUAAAAAAUAUUGUAAAAAAUGCUACAGAUUUGCAACGUUUAAAACUCGAAAGACUUAUGAAAAAUCCAGAUAAACCAGUUUAUAUUCCAGAACCUCGAUCUGACAAGAAAACACCUCAUGUACCUGAAUUUGUUAGAAAUGUUAUGGGAUCAAGUGCAGGAGCUGGAAGUGGCGAGUUCCAUGUUUAUAGGCAUUUAAGACGUAAAGAAUAUGCAAGGCAAAAACAUAUACAGUUAAAAGCAGAAAAGGAACUCUUAGAAGAAGCAUACAAACAGAAAAUACUAGAAAAUAAACAAAUGGCUGAAGGGCGGACAGCAAAAAAAAGAGCUAAAAGACUAAAACGAAAACAAAUGUUAAAACUAAAGGGGAAGAAACCAAAAGUUGAAACUAAUAACAAAACUGAAAGCAAUUCUUCUAGCGAGAGUGAUAGUCAAGAUAAUAGUGAAACUUAAUACAUUUCUUAACGAUUCUACAUGUGAAUUAAUUGACAGUGUAUAUUUUUUAUAACUAUUAAGACAAUAUAUAAUUUAUUUUUUGAGAGUUAUCUACUAA